AUGCCUAUGCGUUGGACUCCGGAGAACGACCAGCUCCUUCUGCUUAAAAUCCUCGAGACUCAUGACCUAUCUGUCGACACAAACAAGGUCGCUUCUGCCUGGCCCGGUACCGAUGAGAAUGAAAAGCCUACUCCUCGCGCCAUUAGAGAACGUCUCGUCAAGAUGCGCCAGAUCGUCAAGGCCUUCGGAAGUGACGGCUUCAGCAUUGGUGGCAAGACAGGCAGCGAAACGUCUACCCCGAAAAAGGCCAAGAAGACCGCUACCCCCGUCAAGACCCCUAGCUCCACCAAGCGCAAGCGCGGUGGAAAGGUCGGUGCCAUCGCUGAUGUGAACGAGAACGCCAACCCUCUCAAGAACGAGGAGAACGUCAUCAGUCCGGUCAAGAUGGAGAUGGGUGAGGACGAGAUCGAGACGCCGACCAAGAAGAAACCGCUCCAACCCACUCUUUCAGGAAACCAAGCCCAGGUCCAGAGUGGCUUCGUGAAGACCGAGAUAUCUGACGAGUCUGCUUUCGGUAAUCUAAGCACUCCUACUAAACGUUCCCGCAAGGCGAGCGUUCUCCCCGCUGGUAUGGUCAGCUACGAGGACGACGAGCAGGGAGAGGAUGAUCCUGAGAGCUCUGCUUCGGAGUUACUUCCUGACGAGGCGGGUGUGAAAACAGAAGAUAUGGACAUGAUGAGCUUUGCUUGA